AUGGCUUGCGCAGACCCUGGGGUCUUCACCGGUGCUAGAAAUGAGAACUUUGAAGAAUUCGUGAGGCGAUUCAAAAGAAAAUAUCAGGUGGUCAUAGGGUGCGAAGCCACCCUGAUAGAUAUCCUGGGUGACGAUCACCUAGGGGGUCGAGCAAAGAGCGUGGUUCACUGCCCUGCCUCAGAGGACAAAGGAACGGGGUCUGGAUUUUGUCAUCAGAGAGAUGGCCAGGCUUCUGUCGCAGAGUCGACAGCAGGAAGGUUAAGAGCCCUCACAGAACUGAGGAGCCUGAAAAUGGGGCCCGACCAGGAGGUGGCCGAAUUCUGUAUUCUUUUGGAAAAACUGGGAAAACAGGCCAACCCGGACUGUACUAUUGAGGAUCGCUCGUUGGAAUACGCGCAGAUCCUCCUAGAUAACCUCAGUGAUUGGCCCGAACACUUCCAAUUGGUGGGAGCUUUGCACAGAGUGGAUCCUCGCAGAGCAUACGAGGAAAUCAAGCAGUUGGCGUUGAGUAUAGAGCAGUCCAAAAUUAUGUUUGGUGGAGGUAGGCGAACGGGUGUAAGCCAUUGGAAAAAUAGAGCUGCGCAGUACCGCGACCACGGUGGUAUAGGUAAAUCACAGAGAGCCAAGUAUUCCAACAAUGAGCUGGAUUACCUGGAAGGAGAGAGUCCUCAAAUAAGGGAAAAUUAUUGGCAGAGCGACUAUCAAGCAGGUACAAGUAGCAGCGCAGAGCUUCACAUGCAGACAAGGCAAAGUAAGCGUAGCCAGCAGGGAUCCUCGCGAGAGAGCGUUGAAAACAGAAAGUGUUACAGGUGCUCUAAGUUUGGCCAUAUAGCUAAAGAUUGUCCGCAACUAUCAGCAAGGGUGAACCAGCUUAAAGGUGAGAUGACUGUGUCAGAAAUCAUCAGACAAGCUCGCAAUCUGGAGAUGACAGUAAAGAAAGAAUGUGGAAAUAGAGACCUAGUAGGUGGUCGAAUCGUAAAGCAGCUAAGGCUGCUCGGAGGUAACAAUCCAGCAUUGUUGGACACAGGUUCAAUGGUCAGUGUAAUACCUGUGGAGAUUUUAGCUAAAGCGCGAGAUAGAGGAUUUGACGUGGACGCAUUAAAAUUGGUUGAGAAAUCCCAGCUUGCUCCUGUGUUGGACGCAUCGAAUAAGGAGAUUGACUUUCUCGGUGCAGUAUACGUGGAGGCCAAGUUGGAAGGAGGGAAUCGGGCCUCUGUGCCGUUUUACAUUAGCCCAAGUAAAAAUGAAGAGAUCAUAUUGGGAACCAAUGCCCUCAAUAAAUUAGGUGUUAGAGUGUCCAUAGUUGGGGAAAAGAAGAAGAUGGCAGAGGCCAUCCAGGUAGAACAAAAGAAAAGAGAACGACAGUAG